CCGUCUCCCUCUGCUGGAGAACGACCCAAAUCCUCCACGCCGCCACUUUCAUCCACCACUACUGCUGCUACGAAUACUACUAUAAAUACUACUACAGCCACCGACCCCACCCUCGCUGCUGCUCCGCCUGUCAACUCUGACUCUAAUGAUCCAAACACUCACUCUUCUGCUUCGGCUGCUACACCCACUGCUCUUCCUCCUCUUCUUCCUCUUCCUCCUGCUGCUACUGCCCCGAUCACCAGACCUCCUCCACCAGGUGGCGCUGCUCCUCUCUCCAUCCCAUCCUCUGCCUCUCUCUUCCUCACCCCGUCUCUCCCCGCUGCUUCAUCCCCCCCAGCUCCUCUCGUCCUCUCCUCUUCUUGUCCUUCUUCUUCUUCACUUCCUCCCGUAUCGUCCGUCUCCCCUCCUCCUUCUUCGUCACUGCCGGCUCCCACGUUCAUCGCUCCCAUCGCUCCGUCUCCCGCCGCCGCUACAGGGCUUCCUCCCUCGCUCCUCCCCGCCCGUCUCCUCUCUCCCCCACUCCCCCAGUCCUCCCUUCUUCUAUCACGCUGCUCAAGUCCACGAGGCUCCGCCGGCUUCAGCUCCAAACUCUUUGCUGAAUACUGGAGGUUCUCUGACGGCACCUCAGACCUUCCAGACCCAGAUCUCUGCAUCCCAGACCCAGAUCUCUGCGUCCCAGACCCAGGCCUCAUUAACCCAGGUGGAGAACCAAACCCAGCCUUCUCUGCCCCAGAACACCCAGAUCCUGAUGCCCCACAUGCAGACCGAGGCCCAGUCUUGUCCUCCCUACCUCCAGCACCAACCUCAGCCCCACCCUGAAGUAGCCUCUCUGCCACAGACCCAGACCCAGACCUCCGUCUCCCACCUCCAGCAGACCCAGUACCUCUCACGGUGCCAGUCCGAGGUGGCCCAGGUCCAGUCCUCUCAUCCGGCUCCAGGAGCAUCCUACCCCCUCACCUCCCAGGCCUCAGGUCCUGCCUCCGUGCAGCCCCAUCCUCACCUCCACGUCCAGCCGGCUCAGCCUCCUCACCCCUCACAAGUCCCCCAUCCCUCCCUCUCUCUCUCCGCCUCCCAUCCCUCCCUCCAGUCCCAGACCCAGAACACCCAGAACACCCAGAACCAAACGGAGUCCCCUCUCCCUCCAGCUCAGCACCCCCAGCCUCACCCCGAGCCUCCGUCACACCCUCCUCCAUCACACCCUCCUCAUCACCCCCAGCUCCAGUCUGCUCCUCCCCCUCACCACCAGUCCCCCGUCCCAGCAGCCGUCCCCCUGCAGCAGCUCCCAGUAUGUUCAGGCUGA